CCCUGCCUUCUUUUAUUGACUUUACUGUGCUGUUCAUGCUAACACAGCACGUUCGCUCUCCCUUUGGAAAAUGUCACAGCUUCUCUCUAGAGCUUUAGUUUCAAUCAACUGGCUUUCGGAAGCCUUGAAAACCCAGACAGGGCCAGCCUUGAGGGUACUUGAUGCAUCAUUUUACUAUCCAGCCAUUAGAAAUGGACGUAAAGAGUAUGAAGAACAGCACAUUCCGGGAGCAUUGUACUUUGAUAUUGAUGAAUGCAAAGACCAGGGGUCUCCUUAUGAAGUUAUGUUGCCAAGUGAAUCUAGCUUUGCCAAAUAUGUGGGCAACCUUGGCAUUAAUAAUGAUAGUCAUGUCGUAAUAUAUGACGCCGAUCACCUAGGCAUGUACUACGCACCAAGAGCCUGGUGGAUGUUUAAGGUGUUUGGACACGAUAAAGUGUCUGUACUGGAUGGUGGGUUCAGGAAUUGGCUGAAGAAGGGUUUGCCCGUAACGUCAGAGAAGACCAAGGUGAAGCCAGAGACUUAUCAUGCAGUUCUUAAUACCUUGCGGGUGAAAAAGUUUGAAGAUAUAGAAAGAAACAUAAGCAGCAAAGAGUUCCAGCUGGUGGAUUCACGCUCAAAUGGAAGGUACACUGGCACAGAGCCAGAACCAGGAGAAGGUAUUUACCCAGGCCACAUCCUUGGCUCCUUGAACCUCCCUUUCACUGAUUUUUUAACAGAAGAAGGUUUUGAAAAGUCCCCUGAGGAAAUCCAGCAACUCUUCAAGGCCAAAGGAAUUGACCUCAGCAAACCUUUGACUAUUACAUGUCGCCGUGGUGUUACCGCCUGUCAACUUGCUAUGGCAUCUUUCAUUUUAGGCAAGGAAGAUACUGCCAUCUAUGAUGGCUCCUGGUUUGAAUGGUUCCAGCGGGCUAAAGCAGACCACAAGGUUUCGCAAUGGAAGAAUGAGAAAAGUUAAACUAGAGGCAUUUUCCAGACACCAUGUCGCGCCAGUCUUUAGAGGCAACAUGGUCACAUAUAAGAAUAUAUAUAUAAGAAUAUUGCUAGAGAUUGAUUGUGACUUGGGUAUAAGGAUAAUGUAUUUUGAUGAGUUAUGUACCCAGCCUACUGUGCUUUAAUUGCUGAGCCAAUGAUUAGAGUGUUUGUAUAUUAGGUUGUGUUUGUUUUAUUUCUUCUUCUACAGGGCCUGCUAGGCCAGCACAUUUUAAAUGUCUUUAUAUCGAUUUAAUAAAAUAAUAACAUUUAAGAUUUA